GGUUACGCUGUUAUCCAAUCUCCAGCUUCAGAGCUAUUUUCUCCAAAAUUUCCAGUCACACAUUCUCGGACUUGGGACCCCAUAGAUUGAACUUCCAGUGUCCGUCUGGCCGUCUCUGAACUUCAUGUAGGUAGGCAGUGUCAGUGUCAUCAAAUGUCUGGCUCAAAAGCAGGCAAAGAUAGUGAUGGUAGUAAGCCUACAAUAAAACGAAAUCUGCCCUCGUGGAUGGGGUUGAAGCAAGACACAAGUAAUUUUGAUGGGGGCAAAAAAGCUCGCAAUGGUGCUCAAGAAGGAAAUGAAACCGACUCCGAUUUAUCCACCUCAAACUUCUCGAAACUCAUGGAGGGUGUUGUGUUUGUGUUAUCCGGCUUUGUAAAUCCUGAACGUGCUACGCUGAGGUCUCAAGCCUUGGAAAUGGGAGCUGAAUAUCAACCAGACUGGAAUUCGAAUUGCACCCUUUUGGUUUGUGCAUUUCCAAACACUCCGAAGUUCCGGCAAGUUGAGUCAGAUCUUGGGACCAUUGUAUCCAAGGAUUGGAUAGCAGAAUGUUAUAAACACAGACAGCUCAUCGAUAUUGAGCCUUACCUUAUGCAUGUUGGGAAACCAUGGAGGAAGCAAAGUGUUUGCAAAGAUAAUAGGUCACUGCCUUUGAGAAAAUCUCAAGAAAAAAUAGAAACCUCAUGCUCAGACUUGACUAAUCCUGCACCAUCUAAGGUCUGCUUGAUUUCUAUCAUCUUUUAACAAAUGGAUACUAUCCAAUGACUAUUAAGUGUGUGAUUUUCUAUCAUUGCCAAGUCCAAUUUUAUGGUGGAAGCUUCAAUGGUGUUUGGGGCAUAUUUGCAUGACAGUGAAAAGUCAGUUUUUGAAAAUCUGAUAUCUACAAGGCUCAAGGCUUCUAGUUUUGUAGUUUUGUACAUGUGUUCAGUGUGUGGUUUUGAAGCCUUCUAUACAUGCCUGAUGUACAACUGCAUAUAUUGAAAUUUCUGAGAGGUCAACAUGGGUAAUGAAAAAGUUAUGUAAAUAAACAUAUCUGAAUUCUCAGUCUACUCUAAUUAUCGUACGUGAAACAGGGCAUACGCUCCAAUGGUUUCGAAGAAUGUUUCUAUCCUUCUAACGUGAAACAAUGGGUUGCUGAAGAUCUUAAUAGAACUAUUUCCUGGCUUGGAAGUCAAGACGAGAAGGUAAUAGAUGUUUGUCUUAAUAUUUCUAACCAUUUCACAGAUUUCAUGUUUUCAGCUAGGUACGACAUCAUUCGUGGUGAUUGAUGACUAUGGGCAUGUUCUCUUUGUCUAGUCAGAAUAUAUUAAGGUCUGAUCU